UCGCUGGCUUGAAUCCAGCAGAGAGAGGGAGAGAAAGCCAGACAGGACUCCUUCCUCCCCCGCCUAAAACAUUUGCAUUCCGAGAUCAGCAUCUCCUCCGGAAAGAUUUGCAGAGAGAGGGAGCGCGCGAGAGAUCGAGGGGCCGCCGGCGGCCGGGCCGGGAAAACCAAUCAAGCAACAGGGCGCUCCCUUAGUGCUUGUUCCACACGAUCAUCGAACACGACGACGGCAACGAUGGCCAGCACGGCGGAGCGAGCCGACGAGGAGGAGGAGGCGUGCCGGGUGGCGCUGCUGGACGCCGGCGUGAAGAAGGAGGAGUGGCAGGUGGUGGUCGGCGGCGGCGGCGACGGCGACGGCGGCAAUAAUAAGCAGCAGCUCGCGGCGCGGGUGUGGGAGGAGUCGAGGAAGCUGUGGGACAUCGUGGCGCCGGCCAUCUUCAGCCGCGUCGUCACCUACAGCAUGAACGUCAUCACGCAGGCCUUCGCCGGCCACCUCGGCGACCUCGAGCUCGCCGCCAUCUCCAUCGCCAACACCGUCGUCGUCGGCUUCAGCUUCGGCCUCAUGCUGGGCAUGGCGAGCGCGCUGGAGACGCUGUGCGGUCAGGCGUUCGGGGCCAAGAAGUUCCACAUGAUGGGCGUGUACAUGCAGCGGUCCUGGAUCGUGCUCUUCCUGUGCGCGGUGCUGCUGCUGCCCAUGUACUUCUUCGCGGAGGACGUGCUGCUUCUGACGGGGCAGUCGCCGGAGCUGUCGGCGAUGGCCGGCAAGGUCUCCGUGUGGUUCAUCCCGCUCCACUUCUCCUUCGCCUUCCUCUUCCCGCUGCAGCGGUUCCUGCAGUGCCAGAUGAAGAACUUCGCCAACGCCGCCGCCUCCGCCGUCGCGCUGGUAAUCCACAUCUUCGUCAGCUGGCUCUUCGUCUCCAGGUUCCAGUUCGGGCUCGCCGGCAUCGCGCUCACGCUCAACUUCUCGUGGUGGGCCACCGGCGCCAUGCUCUUCGCCUACGUCUCCUGUGGAGGGUGCCCCGACACGUGGCACGGGUUCUCGCUCGAGGCCUUCGCCGGCAUGUGGGAGUUCGUCAAGCUCUCCUCCGCCUCCGGUGUCAUGCUCUGCUUGGAGAACUGGUACUACAGGAUCCUCGUCUUGUUGACCGGAAACCUAAAAGAUGCAGCUAUUGCCGUCGACGCUCUCUCCAUAUGCAUGACAAUUAACGGGUGGGAGAUGAUGAUUCCAUUGGCGUUCUUCGCGGGCACCGGAGUGCGCGUGGCCAACGAGCUCGGCGCCGGCAACGGGAAGGGAGCCCGGUUCGCGACCAUCGUGUCGUCGAUCACGUCGCUGGUGAUCGGGCUCUUCUUCUGGGUGCUCAUCAUGGGUCUCCACGACAAGUUCGCUCUCAUCUUCACCUCCAGCUCCGUCGUCCUCGACGCCGUCGACAACCUCUCGGUUCUUCUCGCCUUCACCAUCCUCCUCAACAGCAUCCAGCCCGUCCUCUCAGGUGUGGCUGUGGGCUCCGGCUGGCAAUCCAUGGUGGCCUACGUCAACAUCGGCUCCUACUACCUCAUCGGCAUUCCCUUGGGCAUCCUGCUCGGAUGGCUCUUCAACCUUGGCGUGCUGGGAAUCUGGGCGGGGAUGAUCGGCGGAACCGCCGUCCAGACGCUCAUCCUGGCCAUCAUGACAGUCCGCUGCGACUGGGAAAAGGAGGCCAUGGUCGCGAGCACGCGCAUGGACAACAUGUCGGAAGUUCGGUGAUGGCAGGAUGUGGUGGUGUAUAUGUAUAUGACUGAGCACCCGUGAAUUUUUAAGCUUUGGGGGUCGGGGAUCGUGUGUUUCUGCGUGUUUGUUUCGUCAAAUCUUUGCCGUUUGGAAAGGCAAUGCAGGGUGCUCAGGACAAACCACGGAACAAGACGGAUCGACGAGGCAGCUUGAAGACGGAGGAGGCCUGGCUUGGCUCUGAUGGCUUUGUUGGUUUUGCUUGUUGCAUUCAGUUUUUUGUUGUAACCUUCUCUCGCCUUCCGGGUAUUUCCAGGCGCGAGAACAUUUCUCGUAUUUGUGCAGUUGCGUCGUGCAAGCAUGUCCCACCAAAAAGUAAAUGUACAAGCAUGCCGAAUGGAUCUUGUUUCCACAA